CAAUUUUGGCGCCAUCUGUGUCUGUGACUUACAAUUUUGCUAUUGUACUUGUACUUGCAAUUUUCUAGGUUUCGUUUGCGUUUGCUAUUGUGAAGUGUAGCCUAUCUUACAUUUCAUGAAUGAUCAAAUUUUACUGUUUAAUUUGUAACUCAAAGAAGUUUUAGGGAAAGGGAAGUAAAGUUGAUUUUUCUACAUUGCAGUUGCACAAGACUACGUGUAGGCAAGAUGUUUAGUAUGCCAUCAGCUCACCAACAGUACUUAAGGGAGAGAGGUUUAAUAAGUGAAAUUUAUGCAGCAAUGAACAGUGAUGAUUAUGCUGAUGUUGUAAUGGCAGCUUUUCGUGCACUUGAAAAAUGUAGUGGCUUCCCACACUUACCUAAACUUAAUAAAUGUGAAUCAAGAUCUAAUGAGUGCCGUAAUGAGGGUAAUGUAGCCUUUAAAAUGGGAAAUCAUAAUGAAGCACUAGAAUGUUAUAAUAAAGCACUUAUGUGUGCACCGACGAACUCCAGGGCAAUGAAGCUCGCAUACAGCAAUAGAUCCGCUAUUUUUCAAAACCGGAAACAAUUUUAUGCCUGUAAAACUGAUAUAGAACAUUGCUUUCGACUCGGCUGUCCGCCAGAUAUCGUUGAAAAAUUAAAGAAAAGAUUGGCAUUUGUUAAAAUGUUUAGUGACAUAGAAGAAAUAGCUGUGAAGGAAGUAAUUGAUACUUUUGGUAGUGUUUUUAAAUUUGGUACUAAGCGAAAUUCCCAAAUACCUUGUGCUAGUGCCAAUAUUGAAGUUGUUAGGAAAGAUUCUUCUGUAAAGAUUGUUGCAGCUAAAGACAUUAAGGUUGGAACCUUACUAGCAUUGGAACCAUCAUUUGUUAGUUGUAAUAAUGUAGAGAAAUUACCAUUUUCUUGCCACUACUGUCACAAGAUGUCAUUGAACCUUAUACCUUGUGAUAAUUGCUGUUUUGUGUUGUUCUGUGGUGAAGAAUGUAAAGCGCUUUGCAUGAAAGAAUAUCACAGCAUAGAAUGUCAAAUUAUGGAAAUAGUUGAGAUCUUUUUGAAUAGUCCAAUGGCAAAACUGAUGGUCAAAGGUGCUAUUAAAGUGGUGCAACUCAGUGAAUCCUGGGAAGAAAUAAAUACGAUUUCACGUUGCACAGGCUCAAAAAGAAUUUGCACUGCUUCGGUGCAGGAAAUGUUCGAUGUCGGAAAUAAGCUUUCUGUACUUAGUUACAAUGAUGAUAAGCUGUUUGUACAUGGUAGCAUGUAUGUGGCCAGUUUCUUCUGUGCCUUAAUAAUUUAUCAUUUAGAAAAAGUGCCAUCCUUUUUUCCUCUGUUAUUGGGGGAGAGAAAAUCGGCGAUGGAGUCUCUGGGACGGCUCAUGAUGUAUUUUGCAUUGCAUGCUGAACCAACACAAGUUAUAUUGACUGUAAGCAACAGGACAUUGUCAAAGACUUAUAGUUGUCCGCAUGUAAACCAUGGAUGGUAUCCAUUUAUUGGCAAAUUGCAGCAUUCUUGUACUCCUAAUGUUGUUGUUUCAAAUUUGAACAAAACUGCUGCUUUGAUAGCGGUACAACCUAUUGAGAAAGGAACGGAGUUGACUGUUUCUUACAUGGGUCAUUACCAUACAUUGGAUAUUGAUUUACAUGCGAAAAACAGCAUAUCAUUUGAAAAAAUAGGUAAAGUUUGCAAAUGUGAUAUAUGCAGCGGAGAUUGGAAAUUGCAAACCAAGAAGAGUGUGUUAACAGAUAAACAACGUAGAAUGUACAUUAAUAAGUUUCUACCUAUAAAGAAAGAUGGUGAAUUACACAAAAUGCACUUGUUUAUUCAUAAUGUGUUCGAAGUAAUGACUUGCUUAAAUAAUGUUCCAUUCUCUAAGGAGUAUAAAGAAGUCUACACCUUAUUUCACAAAUGCAUAUUAGCCUAUGAAGAAAGUAAAGGCAAUUUUGUUUUAGGUUAACCAGCUAUUUUCGUGCGGCUUCAUCUGCAUAUUAUGAAAACUUUAAUUAUUUUUUACAUUCCACUAAAACUUUUUCAUUUAUAAAUGUCAAAAUUCAAAUAUAUACUUUAAAGACAAGAUAAGCCUUUCUCAUUGGCUAAAAGUACCGUUACCAUGGUAAUUUUCUUUUGGCUAUUGGCUGUUAGUUUUUGUCCCUUUUUUGCGUGACAAUUUAUUUCAAUUUAUUCGUAUAUAAAUUAAAUAACGUGAAUAUAACCUAUAGCGUAUCAUAAGUGUAGGGCUUUUUAUUAAAAAAAAAGAGCUUAAUUAAUAAAUAUGUUAUGAUUGCUGACACCUAAAUA